UUAUCUAGUGUCCUAGGAAGCGAACACGUAGAUACCUACUAUACAUAAAAAAUAUUAACUUGAUUUUAUUGGUCAAUGAAAAUAUCUGUAACACCUAAUGAUUACUAUUUGAUUAUAUUAUCAUUUGUCUGCCCAAUAAAAGUGUUCUUCACUUGUCUCUCUUCAAUGCCUUCAAGUCAGUUUCUUUCCUUAUUAUUUUCUUUUUCCUCUCUGUCAGACUCGCAAAACUAUGGCCAGCGAGUCAAGAACCAGAUGGGUUCUACCUUACAAGACCAAGAACUUGAAAGACGAUUACGUUCUUGGUCGUGUGCUCGGACAAGGACAGUAUGGAACCACUUUCCUCUGUACCCAUAACGAGACAGGUCAAAAGCUUGCCUGCAAAUCCAUACCCAAAAAGAAGCUUCUUCGUCAAGAACAUUUCGACCGUGUUUUGAGGGAGAUCCAAAUAAUGCAUCACUUGUCUGAAAACCCAAACGUUGUCCGGAUACAAAGCACGUACGAGGAUGCUACUAGCGUGCACCUUGUGAUGGAGCUUUGCGAAGGUGGUGAGUUAUUCGAUAGAAUCGCCAAGAAAGGUCACCACAGUGAGAGAGAAGCAGCUAAGCUCACCAAGACCAUUGUUGCGGUCAUCGAAGCUUGUCACUCUCUUGGUGUUAUGCAUAGAGACCUUAAGCCUGAGAACUUCUUGUGAUGAAGAUGCUUCGCUUAAAUCUAUCGACUUUGGUCUCUCUGUUUUCUGCAAACCAGGUCUGGUUUUGAUUCUUCCCAUGCCCGCUUAGAUAGGGGGACAAGCGGUGCGCCGCUUC